CACUUAUUUGGAAAUGCAUCUUUAAUUUGUUUUACGUGAUUCAUUUUUUUUGGCAGGUGAUUGGGGAAAGAGGAGGGAAAAGAUCAACGUUUUAUUGUUGGUCCGUCCCACUGCUGUUGAGUACAAAUGCAGCAGAGUAGAGCUGAGACGGCAUUCCACCCCUCUGACGACUGAGCUCACAAAUGCACACAUGCCUACACAAACACACACACUGUUCCAUGCGCCCACGUCACACACUUAUCAUUCCGCUCUCUUGAGGAAGCUCAGACUAGUAUAAGGAGAUGCUGGCGGCUGGCAGACAAACAGCAGCCUUCAGUAUAUACCAUUGAUCCGGACACAUUGCACCUUCAACUCAAGAGAGUCCAACAUAUUCUCUCUGGUCUGAGGAGGCAGCCAAAGGAUAGCAGGGCUUUACCUGAUCCUUGCCUCAUUCAGAGAGCAGGAAACCUGAGCACAAAAACCAGGGCGAGCCAUGAUAAGCAGCUACCACUGCAACAAGAGACUGUGAACCGACCGACUUCGACACCGACAGCUGGUUGCGGUGCUUGAAAAAGAGUGUCAGGAUGCUUGCUAAAAUCCUGGAGGAGAUGUGGGUUGAGCCGGAGGUUCUGGCGGCGCUGAGUGAAGAGCAGAAGAGGAUCCUCUUCCUCAAAAUGAGAGAGGAGCAAGUACGCCGUUGGAAGGAGAGGGAGGAACGGCAAGAAGAAGACAAAAGAAAGCCAAAGAAAGCCACCAACAAGCACGUGAGCUGGCUCCUCGGUCGUGAUGGAGAUGUGUGUGUCCGUGUGAUUGGAGAAGAGGACGAGUUCAGGUCUUCCAAACUUCUCCAGAACCUUCUCAAUAACAGGCUCCAUCCUGAUAAUAUGAAUGGCAUCCAGACAGCAGACACGCAGGCAGGAAAAACCGCCCGGCAGCUUGGAUUUAAAGAAGAAACCCAGCUCGCCCUCACUGAUGACGCGGCUAAUGACCCCGACUCACCAAACGCCCAAUCGUCUGAGGAUGAGAUGGACGGCUACAGCGCAGAUGACGACCUGAAAGACCCCGGCCAGAGCAGUGACAGUGAAUCAGGCAGCAGCUCAGACAAUCUCAGUGACUGGGCUCCUCUCUACAGGCCCCAUUUUAGUAGCUAUGGCAACAAACCAGCACUCAAAGCCCAGCUGUUAGACGCAGAAAGGGUCAGCCCACAGGCCAGAGAUGGCUUAAUUGUUCAAGAGAAUAAGUCAGAAUAUGGAGGCAGAGUGGCCCAGCUCAGGAAAGCCUUUGGAUCUGUUCCUUCUCAUAGCUUCAGUAAGCCUCCAUUGCCUGCAAAACCUGCUCAUCUACUGACCAGAGGCACGUCACUGAUCCAUUAACACGCCGCUCGGCCUGCUGUGAAACAAUGCUGUGGCCCCUAAGAGACUGAUGAACUGAAUCAUGUCAUGAGUACUGUGCAAAGAGUAACUCCAGACUUAAGACAUCUGUGGUCCAGCUCAAGGCCACAUGAAGGCGGAACAGGACCCUAACUUGAACCCCAAAGUUCAAUUGGGCAUGGAGUAAUAUGCAGAGAGAGCUCAAUCACCAUCUUGGACAACUUUCAAAUGAAAUCUAAUAACCAGUGGCGCUUUGUUUUCAUGGUACAGGUAUUCUUGUGUUUAUGGUGGGUUCGCAUGUGAAGUAUCAUACUCAAAAAUAACCUGCUCUAAAGUGCUUGAACAAAUGAUUUGACAGUGUGACGGUGUUUAAAUACAAGGAUCCCAGCAAUUCUGACUUUUAGUGCACUGAGAUGAUAGGACAGAUCAAGUAAUGUCAUCUUACUACUUCAUUCUUCAACUCAAACAGAAAGACAAAAGUCCACUCAAAGGAGAGAAGUCAAAUAAUUCAAAGAAAAUGCUCAAUAGCUACAACAAACACAAAACAAGAGGACCUUUUUGCAUGAACAUCAUUAUGGUGUGUACAGUGCACUCAGUGGCCCAAAACUUCAGGUACUUGUAUAUCUGCACAAGCCGAUUCAUGGACAAUCCCAAAGCACAAGUAGGAUACAGUUAUUGAAUAAAUAAAUAUUCAACCGGCUUGCCAUUACAGUGCAAGUGUGUUGAACCUUCACAGCACUUUCAUUUGUUGUCAAGUGUACUGGUUAACAGCCAGGAUACACCGUGAAUGCCAAAUAUUUACAGACCAAACUGCACUUUCGUUUCCCUUUCGGGUGGUUCAGAAAAAAAACCCCACCUCAAAACUCAAAAUCUGGAAUUUCUCCAUUGCGAGACUAAUAAAGGUUUUCUUAAUCUUAAUCUUAAUUUUCUUAAAACAAAAGGUGUUGUAGCAUGGCAUGAGCAAGCAUUGCCAUUGAGUAUGUGGAAGAUGACUAGUAUUAAGUGUUGCUUUCUCACGUGUUUAAAUUGUCCCUGCAAAAUUGAACAUAGAUGGUUUUUAUCAGGGGUGUCAAACUCAUUUUUUGUCACUUGCCACAUUAUAAUUUCCAAUUCCCUUGGAGGGCUGUUAUGACUGUGAAACCAUAUAAGGA